AUGGCCUCUCCUCCCAAGUUCAGCAUCGACGACGUCAACCGCUUCCUCGACCGCGUGCCCUUCUCCGUGCCCGGCGCAGCAGCCAUCGCAGCCUACUCCUUCUUCAAGGCGCGGUCCAUCCUCGGCCCCUCGCUCCACUUCCUCGACCAUGUCCGCGCGAACCGCUGGCUCUCCCUCCUCCUUGCUUUUGUCGCUCUCAAGACCCUCCACAGGACACUCAACCGCCUCACACGCAAUCACGGUUGGAAGGCGGACCCGCCGGUGUGGAGCUUUGACAAGGGAAAGGGCGACGUCGUCCUCAUUACUGGCGGCUCGACGGGCAUUGGCAAGGAGAUGGUCGAGAUUCUCGCGCGCAAGACGAACAAGAUUGCCGUCAUUGACCUUGCGCCGCCAACCUACGACGCCCACGGCGUCCACUACUACAAGUGUGACAUCACCGACCCGGCAGCUAUCGCAGAAGUCGCCAAGAAGAUCCGUGCAGACGUCGGCAAUCCUACCAUCAUCGUCAACAACGCCGGUAUCGCGCGCGGCAAGACCAUCCUGGACACCAAGCCUGAGGAGUUCAUGCUGACCUACAAGGUCAACGUACUCGGCGCACACAACAUCCUCCGCGAGUUCCUGCCUUACAUCGUCAAGCGCAACCACGGCCACAUCAUGACUACCGCCUCCUCCGCUUCGUACGCCUCGAUCCCGCAACUCAGCGAGUACGCAUGCAGCAAAGCUGCCGUCCUCGCUCUUCACGAGGCCUUGACCGGCGAGCUUCGAUACCGCUACAACGCACCGAAAGUCCGCACCUCGGUGAUCUGCCCCACCAAAGUCUCGACGCAAAUGGGCGACGCGAUGAAAGACACCGACGUCCAAUUCCUCACCCCGACCCUCUCGGCGCCGUGGCUCGCCAAGCAGAUGGUCAAGAUCAUCGAGAGCGGAUUGAGUGACCACCUUGUCACGCCUCACUUUGCGCACUUGUUGCUGCCUAGCUUGAGGAGCGGGCCGGACUAUUACAGGUGGUUUGUCGCCAAAGUCGGCAAGACGCACGAGACCAUCACCGACGCCCGCAACGAAGUCCAGAUGCAGAAGUACAAGUUCGUCGGCGAGCUCGACAAGUUGCACAACAUGGUUACGGGCAAGUAA